AAACUGACUGCAAUGUUCGCUGGGAAUUUUCCACGUCCAAAUCAAAUAUAUGUAACAAUCCAUAAUCGUCAAGAAUUCACAUUGAAAUUCUCUUGUUGAAAGCUAAGAUCCGCUGAGGUUCAAUGACAUGGUUUGACCAGAUUGGUUAGUUCCCGAUAUCCCGGAUCUGGUAACUAAUUAGCCGAUGAAAUAUCUCCAGAGCGGCAUCGUUCAACUAAUGUUAAACCACUUUAUGCCCCAGAGGCCAUAACUCCCCAUACCCAACAUCUGACUGAACGGCGCUACUGGAGACCAUGAAUGAAAUGAAAACGCUAAGCCUAAGGUUUCGAUUCCAUUUAACGAGGCCAUUUCAUUAUUCUGGUUCUCCGCGAACUUCAUCAACCUUCGCGCGCCCUCGUCUCGCUGGAGAAGAGCCGGACUUCUACGGAGAGGGUGGUUUCCACCGUGUUGCGCUUGGUGACACUUUUGAUGCUGGCAGAUACCAUAUCCUGAGGAAGCUCGGCUAUGGACAGUAUUCCACCGUCUGGCUUGCCAGAGAUUCUAAGCAUCAGAGAUAUGUAGCGCUUAAAAUACUCAGAGCGGACUGUUACGGUGGUCCUGAGCGAGGGAUCCUCUCCAAGAUCACAGAUAUCUCUGCGAGAAGCAAACAUGAAGGCCGACAUCACAUAUUACCCUUUCUGCAUCAAUUCAAACAUAUCGGCCCAAAUGGGGUACAUGUUUGCUUCGUCCUUGAAGUUCUAGGACACCAUUUGUAUUUUCAAUGCUCAAAAUAUAAAGACGGACGUCUCCCAGUUCGAGCUAUAAAAAGAAUUGCCCGUCAACUUCUCCUUGGGCUUGACUUUCUGCAUACAGAGUGCGGUGUUAUCCAUACCGAUAUGCACCCGAAGAAUAUACUUUUAGAACUGGAAGAUCCACACACAGCCAUUUCACGACAUCUAUCGGAGGUCCCUCCACGGACAGAUACCCAGUCUGGUGAGGUAUUACCACUUCGGGAAGUUAUGAAAAUUCCUCCGAUUUCUGAAAUCAAGGAACCUUACAUUAGGAUAAUUGACUUCGGCGUAGCUACCUACAGACACAAACAUCACUCACAAAAAAUUCAACCGCCAGCUUUAAGAGCACCUGAGGUGACAAUAGGUGCUCCCUGGGACACAGGAGUAGACAUAUGGAGUCUUGGAUGUCUUGUUAGUAAAUAUCUCUUUUAUAUAUAAACCGUUAUGCGAAUUUAACAUGACAGUCGGCGCGCUUGCAAAUAGGUCGUAGAGUUUAUGCAGGGAAUAGUUCUCUUCUCUGGACAAGAAUCAAAGCAUGGGGAUUGGACAGCCGAUGAUGACCGGCUGGCAAAGACCAUUGAGGUCCUUGGUCCAUUCCCACUCGAGCUUCUCAAGAAAGGAAAUAAUUCAGGAGAAUUCUUUCAUGAAAAUGGAGAUCUUCGAAGAAUUGCAAAUUUGGUCCCUACGACGCUUGAAAGUAUUAUCAAUGGUUCCGCCUCGCCCUUCUUGAAACCAAACGACAUGCCCGAUGCGCAGGUGCCAGUCUUUAUCGAUUUUCUUAAGGGGAUGUUAACAAUUAAUCCCGAUCACCGACGGGCAGCAGCUGAUUUAUUGCAGCAUGAAUGGUUGAACCUGUGAUCCUCCUACAGGAAUGAGAACAUGUCGCCUUCACGGGGAUUCUCCUCUCGUUUCUCAGAUUACCGCACGGUGGAAUUAUAAUUGACAAUGUUAUAUGGGGGAUAUCCAGCAGGAAUUUCGAAAGAGAGCUGGCAGAAACUAUAAAACUAUUUAUACAACACGUCCCACACGUCGCAUCUCCCAUCCACAUUUUUGGAAUCUAUAGUUGCAAACACCUUUCUCCCUUCAUCGCCUAUUCCAGCUCUGGCACCACCGCCGAUCACCCCGAGUCGUGGAGCUUUCUUCCAUCCCGGGCCCUUGUUUGGAUGCUUAGCAAAAUUCGCCCAUGCUUUCUGCAUCACCUUACCAACCUUUACCUGGAACUUUGUAGCCCCCUUUCGCGGAUAUGUUCCAAAAAUGUACUUAAUCUCUAAUCCGUGGUACGCUCCGCUUCCAUCAAAUAGUUCCGUGUUCGGGAAACUCGCGUUGAAAUAAUACCGCCACACAUCAAUACCGACCGUUGCGCUAUCCUGUGUGACUAGCCUUGCUAGACACUGGAAAGAAAAUUCAGUAAGGAUGGCUGCGAGACGUUCGGGUUCGUUGCCGAUUCCUGGAGCACCGAUAGGGUAUGUGUCUAGUAUCCUUUGAAUGAUUUCGCCCGGAACAUCCGGCAAAGACGCACGGAGGAAUGCUUCAGUGUCAUUCAUGCCAACCGUGAUUGGACGAUUUUCGUCAGCGUUACUUCCCAUUAACACUGGUACGCGCGCAAUAAGUGAUUUCUCAUCAGUCGAAUCGAGACGAUCUUGGCGUGGUGUAUCUGCCCAGGUGACGCCGCCGUCUGCCAUCGGACCGAAUGCUAGCUGUUGUCGUUCGAUGAUUGCUUUCAGCUCCAGUGCAGGAAUAGCACGAACGCAUUCGAGGCCAUUUGUGGAAGGGCAGUUAGUCGCCUCCAAAAGCUUGCCCCAUGAAGCAACGGGAUCAGCAGCGAGCAUUCUUACUGUGGACUGGCCAGAUUGCAUAAUGGCGGCGCGGAAGGGAAUAGGGUUCGGCGGAGCGGUGAUAAGGCCAUCGACACUUCCUCCGCCUGCACUUUCUCCGAAAAUCGUUAUUUUCUCUGCAUCACCGCCGAAAGCUGCGAUAUUACGUCGAACCCAAUCCAAAGCGAGCCGUUGGUCCAGCAAUCUGCCCGAAUUAUAUAGUUAGACCUCGACCCUAUCUUUUAAGUUCUUAACGAAUACGAAACUUACCCCAGGUUCUUCUCCGCCGCUGGUAGCUCAGGCGACCCGGGGAACCCAAACAGGUUUGUCCGGUAGUUGAAAGUCACCAAGACAACAUUUUGAUUAACAGCAAAGCUGGAGCCAUCAUAAAGAGGUAGAGAACCGGAACCAAAAACGUAAGAACCUCCAUAUAUCCAGACGAGGACAGCCCUAGGGCCCUUGGGUGGAGACGCCGGGGCGAAGACAUUCAGAUUUAGACAGUCCUCGCUCUCUCCGGCUGGAGGCGGAGGCGUGUUGUACCAUUCGAUUGACUGAUUGCGUUGUUCUUCCGGGUAAUUAAACUGCUGGAUGCAAGAGGGCUUGUAUCUGGAGGCGUCAUAAACUCUCUGCCAUGGCCGGACUGGUUCGGGGGCCUUAAAACGAACAGGAGGUUCAGCGAAGGGAAUACCAAGGAAUUUAUUGACGGGGCGAGUAGAGGACGGAAGCCAGGUGGCAGUCCCCGCAACGGUCCCUGAGUCUAUAGUCGCCGUAGGUCGACAUUUUGGUUUGCGACAUGGAGUUGAGUUGGCAGUGGCGGCACAGAGAGCUAUGGUCAACGUUAGGACGGAAAAAUACAUGGCGGGCGUUUUGGAUUUGGUGAACAUAGGUAUAAAUUGGACAUUUGAGAGGGAGGCCCGCCUUUCUCAACAUAUGUAUCGCGGGCUCUUAUAUAUAGGUGAACGAAACCAUCCCGAGUCUGCAAUGUGUUUGUUAGCUUUUGCCCUAAAACACUUAGAACAUCUCCCAGUCUUUCUCUCUCUCUCUCUCUCUUUUUUUUUUUUUUUUUUUCCGGUACGUUUUUUUCAGCUCAUGGUCUAUACGCGUAUCCGGACUACAAGAGGCGGACCUAUGAGAUAUUCGGCGCUUGCUAGGGGCGCAUGCGGAUCCUUCCCCCUCAAUGAUUCAGCUAUACGAUGUUUCAAGCAGAAUGCGAAAUUUCCGCUGAUAGCUUAGCAACCUCAACUCAACUUACCAUAUGAAAUCUUGUAUUCUAAGGUCUAGUGGAUAUAUUUCAAUACCAUGAUCCUUUUCCCUC